GAAUCCAUGAUUAUCUUUUGUGUUACAAAUCUAUACGUAUCACUCCGCCUUAAUCCCUUCGUUAACUGCGACCGAGGGUUUACGAAUCUUAUAUUACCUUCUUUACACUCUCCGAAACGCAGUUGUUUCGAACCUUUUGAUUGUAAAUUUGUAAUCGUCGUUGUACCUUCGAGGAAUUUCGGCGGUGGUUCGGCUGCGGGGGAGGGAAUGAUUGUUAAUUUAUGGUUAUACAAGAAAUUAAAUGCAGUGAUUUUGGGAAGAGGAUUGUUAUAGGCUGAUAGAGAAGCUUGUGGCCAUGGGUUCUUCAGCGACUGACGCCUUUACUAGUAUUCAGGAGGUUCUACUGGAAUUUCGAGCUGGAAAAAUGCUGAUGGAUGGGACUCGAGUACUCCCCGAUUCUCGUAAAGGACUUGUUCGUAUGGGAAGGGGGGAAGAAGGGCUCGUCCAUUUUCAAUGGCUUGAUAGAUCUACAAAUGUUGUUGAAGUCGACCAAAUUGUUUUUCCAGAUGAAGCUGUGUUUGAAAAGGUUAAUCAAUCUUCGGGAAGGGUAUACAUCCUGAAGUUCCAUGCAGAUGCUCGGAAGUUCUUCUUUUGGAUGCAGGAGCCAAAAUCUGAGAAUGAUUCCCAACUUUGCGACUCUGUUAACUAUUACCUGAAUCAACCUCUAGAGCUACCUGGUGAAGACGAUGAACCGGAUGCUUCGGCUCCCAUUCAAGGCUUAGAAGAAAUGGUUGAGGACGAUGUCUCAUCUCGGGCUGGGAAUUUGGUUGGACCAAGCUUAGGUGCAGAAGUAACUAGUGACGUAACUUCUGCUGGACCCGUAAAGCUGGAAGAUCUCCAGAGAAUACUUAACAACAUAGGAUCUGCAGUUCAAGCAGAAGAUCCGGAUGCAGCUUUGGGAUUAGGUGACAUAUUGAAGCCAGAGUUAAUGCGGCCGCUUAUUUAUGAAAUACCGUUAGAUUCACAAUUGUUGUCGUAUUUGCCUGAGGGUGAAUGGACUCCCGACGAGGUAUUAGAAUUGCUACAAAGCCCCCCGUUCCGCCAGCAAUUAGAUUCGUUUACUUAUGUCCUGCGUACCGGGCAAGUUGAUCUGACUCAGUUCGAGAUUGAUCCCACUAAAUACAAGUUAACAGUUCUGUCAUUUCUGGAGGCGCUCGAAGAUUCUGUUGCGAAAAGAAAAGCAGAGGAAAGCAACAAAGACUUGAAAGCUCAAACUUCAUCUCAUGGCGGUGACACAAUGGACGAAGGUCAGUAGGAGCUUUUUGCGUCGUAUGGUUUCUGUUUUUAAGUCAUCUUCGAUCUUUCUUGUUUCAAUCUAACUUCGGGCCCGUCUCGUCAUGUCGGGUAUCGAGAUCUUGCUAUAUAUAUAUAUAUAUAUUGAGAAAUGAAUUUAAUUGAAUUGGGUUUUGGGUACGACGUUGGUACAUUGCUGGAUCAUAUUAUUGUUUUCGUGCCAUGGACAUUGAAUUAUAUUUGGAGUGUAAAAUUUGAUUGUCUAUUAUGCUUCCUUCUUUUUAACUAAAUCAAUGAGUUUUUUUGUGACA